CAUGAAAAUUCUAAAAGCUCCAUAAACAAAGACUUCGUGGACAAAACCCCUGGAGACCAGAGUCACCCCACUCUUCCCAGAUUGUACUUUCCUCGGAAUCCUCCUCACGCCGAUCACAAGCUGUCUACUGAGUCACCUGUAGACCCACCUGUGCCACAUCUGGGCUGAGCCCACUGCCCUUUCACAGCAAAGGAAACAGAGACUCGCGCCAGGAUGACAGAAGCCAGCACGGAAAUCACUGUCUCUACAGAGAGCUAUGACACGACGACAGAAUAUGACUAUGGAGGCAUCACCCCAUGCCAGAAGGGGGCAGAGAGGGCCUUCGGGGCCCAGCUGCUGCCCCCACUGUACUCGCUGGUGUUUAUCAUUGGCCUGGUGGGCAAUGUCCUGGUGCUCUUGGUCCUGAUGCAGUACAAGAGGCUCAAGAGUAUGACCAGCAUCUACCUCCUCAACCUGGCCAUUUCUGACCUGCUCUUCCUCUUCACGCUGCCCUUCUGGAUUGACUACAAGCUGAAGGAUGACUGGAUUUUCAGCGACGGCACCUGUAAGUUGCUCUCGGGGCUUUAUUACAUAGGCUUGUACAGCGAGAUCUUCUUCAUCAUCCUGAUGACGGUGGACAGGUACCUGGCCAUCGUCCACGCCGUGUUCGCCCUGCAGGUCCGCACUGUCCUCUUCGGCAUCCUCAGCAGCGCUCUGGCCUGGGUCCUGGCCAUCUUGGCUGCCGUCCCGGGCUUUUACUUUUCCAGGAUCCAGUGGGAGUUCUUCCAUACCACCUGCAGCCUUCACUUCCCUCCUGAAAACCUAAAGGCCUGGAAACGGUUUCAGGCUCUGAAGCUGAACAUGCUGGGGCUGGUGUUGCCCCUGUUGGUCAUGAUCAUCUGCUACACGGAGAUUAUAAGGAUUCUGCUCAGACGGCCAAAUGAGAAGAAGGCCAAAGCUGUCCGUCUGAUUUUCGUCAUCAUGAUCGUCUUCUUUCUCUUUUGGACCCCCUACAACCUGGCCAUGUUGGUCUCUGCUUUCCAAGACACCUUUUUCACCGAUGAGUGCCGGCAGAGCAAACAGCUGGACUUGGCCAUACAGGUGACAGAGGUGAUUGCCUACACGCACUGCUGCGUCAACCCCGUCAUUUACGCCUUCGUGGGGGAGAGGUUCCGCAAGUACCUGCGCCAGCUCUUCCACAGGGUCCUGGCCGUGCACCUGGCUAAAUGGCUCCCCUUCCUCUCCACGGAGAGGCUGGAGAGGACCAGCUCCAUGUCCCCCUCCACAGCAGACCAUGAGCUCUCUGCAGGGUUCUGACUCGGGGCCCUGGAGGCUGAUGCAGGACCCAGCCAGGGUGACCUGCCAGGCACGCUGACCCGAGCUGAGGUGGCUUGGGCCUCCUGGCCAGAUUCGGACACCUGACAUACCACGGAAUUGCAGCCACGUAGGGGUGAGCGAGUUUAAAGGCGGUGUAGACUACAUUCCCUCUGGGCCAUGAGUGUUCUCCAAGAACAUCUCCUUGGUAGGAAGGAGAUGAAUGAGCCAAAUGGGACAUUCCAGAAGACUGGGGCCAAGACUGGGGACUGAAUCCAAACAGGAUUUCAGAUUUGUGAGCAUUAACAUUUGUAAACAGAGCCCCGAGCCCCCCAGCAGCCCCUGCCCCCACCACCAGUGAACUCGGAAGAAGUGAUUUCUGCCCUUGACUUUACUCUGUAGUGGAGAGCCAAUCAGGAGCCCACAGCCCCUCCCCACCCUCACCUCCCCCACCCCCCCACCGCUGCAGGCUGUUGGAAACCCUGAGGAAAAGAGAACUCAGGGCGGGACAACCAAAGCCCUAAUGGGAAAUAGGAUUGGGGAACUGCUGUUGGCAGUAGGACCGAGUAAACCCUUUGUGAGAAUGUUUAUAUUUGCAAAAACCAAGCAGUUCAGGUUGUGGGCUAGACACGGAUCACAUGCCUGAUGCAUUGACCAUUUUCUUCUUUCUGGAUAUUUUCCGGAAUCUCCCUUCCUUGGAAGUUAGGGUGACCCUGGGAGCACAUUCUGAUGGCUUUAUCGCAGAAAUUUCUAUCAGGCAAAAGGAGGCAGGGUGGAUUUCCCUGUCUCCCCCGCUCCUCUUCUCCCCCGCCAAGCCUUCUGGUUUGAGGGGUCAGAGUUCUGGCUGCCACCUCGGACCCAUCAACAAAUAAUGACCUGGUGUGCAAGCUGACGGUGUCCGAGGCUGAGAGGGAAGAGAGUACCUGCCAGGGAGAGUGAGGUGGAGACUUGGUCUUGAUGGAGAAGAUUGAGAGGUCCCUUAACUCAAAGGAACAUAUUUCUUCUCUCACCAGGGGGCUCCUGGUAGUCACAUUUUUCUUCCCUUUCCCCUUAGAGAUGUAUUUCUUUAAAAACCAUUUCCCCAAUAGCAAAAAUAGCUUAGAGGUGCCUGAGUAGUUCAGUUGGUUAAGCAUCCGACUCCAGCUCAGGCCAUGAUCUCACG